AUGGGUAAAGGGGGUGGUGAAGCAUUGAAUAACUACUUUAAGAGAAUGAGGAAAAUGAAUGAUGGCUUUGUGUUUGUCAUGGAUGUGGAUGAUGAGUUUAGAGUGAGGAAUGUGUUUUGGGCUGACGCACGAAGUCGAGCGGCAUACGAGGUUUUUGGAGAUAUUAUCACCUUCGUACAAUGGUUGAUUUCAAGCAAGGAUACAAGUACGUUCGUUUGGUUGUUUGAAGCAUGGUUAGAAUGCAUGAAUGGACGGGCACCCCAAGCCAUCAUAACAGACAAAGACCGUGCAAUGAAGAAUGCCAUUGGCAUUGUAUUCCCGCAAACAAGGCAUAAAUAUUGUCUCUGGCAUAUAAUACGAAAAUGGCCAGAGAAAUUGGGAUUCCACUCGGAAUACGACGCAAGCUUGAAGGUUGCAAUUCAGAAUGCAAUCUAUGAUACACAGCCUUGUGAUGAAUUUGACAAGAAGUGGCAGCAGCUAAUUCUAAGUAUGACCUUAUGGGAAAUGCAUGGUUGGAGAGGUUGUACACGGAGAGGUCUUUUUGGGUACUGGUUUAUUUCAAAGGUGUAUUUUGGGCUGACUUAUAGGAGAAUAUUUGUGGAGGAAUCACAAAAUGUUGAUCCUAAACCAGCAGAAGAAGUUGGAGGUGGUAUUGACGAGGUUGUUAUCCCAACCCAGUGUAGUAAUCUAACACAAGUAAGGCCUCCAGCCAGUGAUCAGGCUAUGCCAAUCUUGCCCCAUGGACUUUAG